AUGAUUGACGAUAUAGUAAAAUACACCAACAUAUAUCUGGAUAAAAUUCGUUCAAAAUAUACACAAAAACAUAUGGUACGCGAAACCUCAAAAUCCGAAAUAAACGCGCUUUUUGGACUGUUAUAUUUGGCCGGUGUUCAACGUGGUAAUCAUCUCAACCUUGAUGAUUUAUGGUCAAAUGACGGCUUAUCUCCAGAGUAUUUUCGAGCAGUUAUGCCAAAAGCACGAUUUUAUAUUCUUCUAAGAGCAAUGAGGUUUGACGAUAUAGGUACACGGGCUCAGAGAAAACAAUUUGAUAAGCUUGCGGCCAUUCGUUCAAUAUUUGACGAAUUUGUUCUACGCUGCGAGAAUUAUUAUACAGUGUGGGCAAAUGUAACUAUAGAUGAAAUGCUUGAAAGUUUUCGAGGCCGUUGUAGUUUCCGAGUGUAUAUCCCAAGUAAACCUAACAAAUAUGGUAUAAAAAUCCAGGCCUUAGUCGACUCUAGCACCUUUUAUACGUCGAAAAUGGAAGUGUACGUUGGGACUCAGCCCGAUGGGCCUUAUAAAUGCGAAAACGACCCAGUAAGUGUAGUAAAAAGAUUAAUCGCCCAAAUUACGAAAACAGGUCGUAAUAUCACCAUGGAUAACUGGUAUAAUUCUAUACCUCAAGCAAUUGAUCUACUAAAAAAUCACAACACUACUGUAGUUGGUACACUUCGUAAAAACAAACGUGAAAUUCUCCUUUGUUUUUUAGACACUAAAAAAAGGCAAUUGAACUCUACGAUGUUUGGUUAUGACAAAAACAAAUUGCUUACGUCAUAUGUACCAAAAAAAAAUAAAAAUGUAUUGCUUGUUUCCACUAUGCACGAACAAGGUGUCAUUGAUCCAGAGUCUGAAAAAAGAAAACCAGAAGUGAUAACGUACUACAACAGUACAAAAAGUGGCGUUGAUUGUGUGGAUGAAAUGAAGGGCGAAUACUCUGUGGCUAAAAUAAGUUGCAGGAAUUUAUCUAAGUCGUCGAAAAUUUCUAUAAACCUUGGUAAAAGAACUUACAGACCAUUUAUGUUAGAACGAUUGCAGAUGCCUACUUUGCGUACAAGUAUUGGACAAAGAAUAAUAAAAUUGACUGGUUACACCAAGACAGAAGAUGAAGUCCCUGAACGUUCAAACAUUGAUCAUCGUCCGAAGUGCGUAUUUUGUCCAAAAAGAAAAAAUCGAAAGACCAUGAGCAAGUGCGUAAAAUGCAGCGUGCCAAUAUGUAAGGAAAAUACGACGAGCACAUGCGUAUCCUGCUGUAACGAUCACAACGAAAUAAGUAGUACAGAAAGUGAAUAG